AUGGUCGUGUGCACCCUCCACCUCAUCGCCCUCAACGACGGCGUCUCCGUCCCCACAUUCCUCGCCAACCUCCGCGCCAGCAACGUCCAGCCCAUCUUCAUCGCCAAGGUCCUCCGCUGGAUCAUCCUCCCCUCCCACCAAUCCACCGGCCGGCUCCUAGCCCGCAACAAGUCAUGGGACCUCCUCCUCGGCCUUGCCCCCGACGCCACCAUCCCCGCCGCCCUCGCCGCCUCGGACAUUGACGCACAAUGGACCGUCUCCUACGGCGUCUCGGCCAAAGUCCUGUCCGGCUACCGCGCCCUCACGUCUCAGCUACACGCCGCCGCCGCCUCGGCGCGGGUACCCCUCCCGCGCACUGCGGACCGCGAUACCUCGCAGGACCUAGAGAGCUCGCCCGAGCUCCUGGGGUGGAUCAACGAGCUCCCGACCGACCUGCGGCACCGGCCCGUCACCAUGCUGAACCUGCUCGCGUUCAACCCGGGAAAGAAGGACCAGUACGUCCGGUACGGAAAGGAGUUUUCGUCACGCGUGGGGUCUGCACACGGUGGUCGGGUAAAGAUUGCGGCGCGUGUGGCGACGGGGGCGCAGGGGACCGCUGCCGAGGAGGGUUGGGAUGAGAUUGCCUACGUGCACUAUCCCACGUUGAACCAUUUUGCUAGCAUGUUGUCCAAUGAGGAGUAUCAGGCGGUGAAUAAGGAGUACAGGCUGGGAGCUCUCAAGGACACAUUUAUCCUAUGUACGAUGGAGGUUGGGGAUGAUGGGGAGGUUUUGGGGCAAGGACGCGCGGAAAAGUUGUAG